AUAUAAAGAGAUAUAGUUUCCUCUUCUCACUCAAACUACUCUCCCUCCCUCACUUGCUCUCUACACUACAAAUAACCUUCAAACUUUCUUUCAACGUACUCUUGUUCAAACAAAAUUAACGCUAAUCUCAUCAAUUGAAGUAUGGACUUAUUUCAUAGAUCUUCAUCGGUGAGUUCGUCUUCCUCCGACUCCUCGUCGGGCUCAUCUUCCUUGUCCGGAGGCAAAACGCCGCGGAGCGGGGACAAGUGUGAGAGGAUUAAAGGUCCAUGGAGCGCCGAGGAGGACAAGAUCCUGACGCGAUUGGUGGAGCGGUACGGAGCCCGGAACUGGUCUUUGAUAAGUAAGUACAUAAAGGGUCGGUCCGGGAAGUCUUGUAGGCUACGGUGGUGCAACCAGCUCAGCCCGAAUGUAGAGCACCGCCCCUUCUCCGCGGCGGAGGACGAAACCAUCUUGGCGGCGCACGAAAGGUACGGUAAUAGAUGGGCAACCAUUGCGCGGCUGCUCCCUGGCCGCACUGACAAUGCCGUCAAAAACCACUGGAAUUCUACUCUGAAGAGGAGAUAUCAGUUGCAGUUACAGCAGAAGCAGAGGAGUGAGCAAGGGUUGAAGAAUACGGCCUCUGCAGGGUGUAGUCUGAGUCCUGUGAGCAGUGAUUUUGACGAAUAUGAUCCGAUGACGGCGUUGUCGUUAGCGCCGCCGGGAAUGGGCUGCGGCGCCCCUAAGGAGAGGCGGGGGGAGAGUUUUCCGGUGGGGUUCUGGGAUACAAUGAGGAAUGUGAUAGCGAGGGAGGUGCGGGAGUACGUUACGACGUCGUUCCCGGAAACUUCGACGGGGUUUCACUUAUGAUAAAUAAAUGAUGUUUGUCGAGUAGUAGUUAAUCGCUUUCAGCGACUGAUUAAUUUAUUAUAAUUUGAUUAUUAAAAAUUAAUUAAUGAAUUGGGAGUGGGAGUGAGAGUGGGAAGAGUAGUUCAAACUGUCAACAUCCUCCUCUUCUCUUCACGUGUAAAUUGCUGGUACAAGAAUUGAGCCAUAUGCUUUUUAAUAAUUGG